UAAACGUAAAAGGGGUAAUUAACAAUUAUUGGUGGAGAGACAGAUCAGUCAUCUCUCUCUCUAAAUCUUCUUCCAUUACUGUUAAUAUCGUGAUCACACUUCAGUAAUCAGUAGUAUUCUUGAUCACUUGCUUCCCUUUUGAGUUUUCUCACCACAAAGCCCUAGAGCCACAAAUUGGGGUGCAGCUCAAUUUUCUUGAAGCGAGCUUUGUGAUUCUCCGAUUCGAGCUCUUACUUGGAUGCUAUUUAUGUCAAAAUUGAGCCCUGAUCUAUAGGAAAUAUGUCGAGGCCAGUGCUGCUUGUUUGCGUGUUGAUUAUAUUGAUUGUCACGUCUCAAUUCGAGUGGAGGCAACAGCUAGUGAGUGAUGUCGAUGCAAUUGCAACCCCGAGGGAAUCUCAGAAGCAGCAGAGGAUACAGCAACGAGAAGAAAAUAUCAAAGAGAAGAUUAUUCUGUCCCAAGAGAAGAACAUCCAAAGUCUGAAUGAUCUCGUUCGUAGUCUUAAGGAGCAGCUGAGACAGUGUCGUGGCAAUAAUGCAACUUCUAGCAGGGCUUUCAGCUCGUAGAUAACGAUGUUUUUAGCUUCAGAGACAGCAAAUUUCAUGGAAGAUCAGCUGCUGCAAGCCUGAAUUGUGUUGUUGCUCAUCCAUCUGUGGUGAUGAUAUUCCCACCAUUCUUCUUUAGUCAUACUUUUAUUUUUUAAAAUAAUUUUCUGUAAAGCCUAAUUACUUAUACUACAGUACCUCUUUAAUUCUAUAGUUCUGUAAGUAUAUAACUACAUAGACUCCUACACAUAAGCACCAGAUGAUUUUAUCUAUUUUUACUAUUUUUUUUAA